CACUACCAUCCGCGAGUCAUUCAUAUGUGGACUACCUGAAGGAAAUACAUUUACAUUUCUUGACAGUGAUUGAAGACGUUUGGAUAGUAGCAGAAUACAAGAUAGAAACACUAUAACGGUUGGGAAACAAUGGCAGCCCCAUCCCUUUAUUUACGGUACAAUGACGGAGAGCGAGGAGAUAUUCUCACGCAAGAUGUUUAUGUACCCAAGUUCGGGCUCACGAAAUACACCUACUAUUGUUGUCUGCAAUGGAAUGCCGGGAUGAAUGGAGGAGGGUAUUGUGGGAUACAGGACCAUCCAAAGGGGCGUAAUUACAUCUUCUCACUGUGGGAUCCUGUGGGUACGGAUAAGAAAAUAAAACCUAUAUAUGUUGGGCCAGGAACAAUCUAUGAACCAUUUGGAGGAGAAGGGCAAGGCUUGAAGACGUGGAACUUCACUCUAGGAUGGGAAUCGGAUAGCUGGUACACAGUCGUUAUCAGACGUUGGGACGAUGGCGAAAACACAUGCUAUGGAUUCUGGGUAAAGCACCAAAUGACCUUGGAAUGGACACAUAUCGUGUCAUUAGAAUUUCCCGUCACUGCAACAUUCUUUGAAACUAUGUCAUGCAGUUUUCUUGAGUAUUGGGUGGGCACUGGGGACCAAAAGCGCUGUGUACACUACAAAAAUGGCUACAAACAUGGACUAAAUGGAAAAUGGAUGCCGUUUAACAAAGCUGUAUUUAGUAUGGUCGGUGAAAUGAGAUGUAAACUAUUUGAAAACAAUUAUGAUUCGGGAGUGUUGCAUGAUGCAUUCUAUUUGCAUUCAGGUGGACAGACUAUGCAAUCAGCUAGUGCAGUCAAUGGCGGAAUGCUGACCAGAGAGAUGCCCGCAAAGCCAGAUGUUUUGCCCAUCUGUGUGUACCUGUCAUCAGUUACUUCAGAAGAAGUUAGUUGGGAAAUAUCUUCAGGAAGUGUUCCGCAGUUUCAGUAUAUAGUUUACAUAGACAAACUGAUUUACAAACAUGAAGUGAAUUCUGAAGCUAGAACAUGUAAAUUUGAUACUCCACCAACAGAACUUGUUGAACUUUUAAUUGAGGACAUUUAUGGCCAUGCGGUGAGGUCAAAGUUCAAAAUCACUAACCCGCCUGACUGUGACCAAGAAACUAGGACCAGAUUAGAAGUUUAUGUUCCUACUGCAACUCACUAAGUGUAUCAGUGACUCUAUAUAGGCACCCUGACUUACAAGUUUGUAAAAAAGCUAUUAUUAAACAUGGUUUAGUUGCUUACUCUAUGGCAACAUAAUUUUUGGGAUACAGUAUAACCUGCCCUAGUGCAAACCUGUAUCAGGUAGUCACUUGCCUGAAGCAGCCAGUCAGCUAAUUUCCCUAAUUGACUUUUUUGAAUAGCUAUCAACUUGACUUAAGCAGCCACUGCUGCCGCAAGCAGCCAGAUUCUGUUGAUUCCUUGACUGACUGCUUAAGACAGGUUUGAUUGUAAUUCUUUAGUUUUUGAAUAAUGAAAAAUAUGAGAAGUGUCUGCUUAGUACAAAUACUUUCUUUUUAAAACUUAGGGUUGGUUUUUAUUGAGCACACUUGCGGAAGCGAAGACAUAGUUGUUCAAAUGGCUGUUAGUUGUAUGUGCGUCCGUACAUCCAUCCGGUUUUGUUUGUCCGGACCAUAACCUUGACAUGCAUGGAACAGUCUUGUUUAUAUUUGGCAUGAAUGUUAACCUCAAUGAGACGGAGUAUCAUGCCUAAACUCCAGGUAGUCCAGGUCUCGACUGGAGGUCAAAAGUCAUGUCAGAUCUUGUCCGGCCCAUAACAUGACAUGCAUUGAGGAAUCUUGUUUAUAUGUGGCAUUAAUAUUAAACUCAGUGAGACUGACUCUAUCUUAAAGGCCAAGGUCACAGUAAGGGGUCAAAGGGCGGACUAGACAUGUUGCUCGUGAGCGUCUAGUAUCAAUACUGCAGACUCUCUUUUGUCUUAUGAAUUAUUUACUAAAAAAAUAAAUUAAUUGUGCCCUGGCCCUUAACACAAUCCAAAGCAAUGUCACAGAUGAACUGAUAUCAAAUGAAAUUGGCAUGUUACUCACGUGGUCCUUCUAUCUCAAACUAACUUCCGUUAAGUCUUGCACAUUUUUGGUAUGUUGAAUGUUUCUACAUGCAAGUCAUUAACAAAUAACAAAAUUAUUUUGUGUGUAUGUUGUAUAGUGUGAAAUUGAAAAAAAAUCCUUUGAGUUUUUUUUAUAUUCAGGAAUAAGCCUAUAGCAGUUAGUGCUAAAUCAGAUUUACAUCCGCUCUUGAAUCACCAAUUUUAUUACAAAAAAAAACAACAAACUUAUACUCAAGAAAAUUAAGGGUUGACAUGCUUUACAUUUAUCAUUCUCAGCAUUUCUUUGUUGUUUUUUUUUCAUUAUCCAACAAAGAAUUCAAUUACCAGCAUAGUUUUUAUGUCAUUUUGUUUGCAAAAUGGCAGCAAAUAUUGACUCAGCUUUCCCAUGUACUUUGUAGUAAUAAUUUUUUACAGAAUCUGGCAUACUCCAGACAGCUCUACAUAGGCUGCAAUGAUGGC